UUCACCACAUUUGUCCAUCCAUCUGUCCAUCAGGUGAUGGAUAUUUGGGUUGUUGCUACUUUUUGGCUAUUAUGAAUGAUGCUAUAGAUAACAUUUAUGAACAAGUUUCUGUGUGGACAUGUAUUUUCUUAUGGUGUCAUUUUCUUUCUCUAGUACAGCUUCGCUACUCUUCACCUGUGCUGUUGUUGUCAGAUACAUUCCAUUUCUAUAUGUUGUAGGCUGACAACAUAUAUAUAUAUACACACACACACGUAUGGUUUUAUAUAUACAUAUAUAUGGUUCUAUAUAAUUGCUUUGAAAUUUAAGAGAAAAAAUGUAUUUAUGCUGUCUUUUAUAACUAUAUUACAAUUUCUGGUACUCUUUGCUUUUUUUUUUUUUUAAACUGGAUCCAGAUUACCAUCUGGAGUCACUAGCUUUCAGCCUGAAGAGCUUCCUUCAGGGUUUCUUGUAAGGCAGGUUUGCUAGCGAUGAACUGUCGUUUUUGCUUUUUUAGUCUGUGGAUGUCUUCAUUUCACCUUGACUUUUUGAAAGGUCAUUUUGCUGGAUGUAGGAUUCUUGGUUGACUGGUCUUUUUCUUUCAGCUCUUUGUAUGUGCUGUCCUACUGCCUUCUGGCCUCUGUGGUUUCUGAUGAGAAAUCAAUCAUUAAUCUAAUUAGGUUCCCUUCUUUCCCUCCUUGUCUUUCAACAUUUUUAUUAUGUCCGUUAGUUUGUGUUUGUCCAACUUGGAGUUCAUCGAGCUUCUUAGAUGUGUCAAUUUGAUGUUUCCCAUCAAAUUUGGAAGAUUUUUUGUCUGUUUCUCAGGUUGCAUAAUUUUUAUCAGUCUGUCUUUAAAUUUGCUGAUUCUUCUGCCAGUUGAAAAUCUCCUGUUGAGCCUUUACAGUGAAUAUUUCAUUUUAGUUAUUAUAUUUCUCAACUUCAGAGUUUCCCUCUGGUUCUUUUUUAUAAUUCCUGCCCCUCUGUUGAUAAUCUCUAUUGGAUGGCACACUGCCAUCACACCUUCCUUUACUUCUUUACGCAUAGUUUCCUUUAGUCCUUUGAACACAUUUACGAUGACUGCUUGGAAGACUUUGUCUGUUAACUCUGACAUCUGGGCCCUUCCCAGGAAGAUUCUGUUGCCUGCUUUUUCUUCUCUUUGAAUUGUACUUUCCUGUUUCUUGGCAUAAUUGCUUGGAGUUUUUGAUGGAAACUGAACAUUAAAUACUAUAUUGCAGUAACGCUAGCUACUGCUCCCCUCCCCUCCAAGGGCCUGUCGUCAUUGUUUGCGUGUUGGUUUGUUGAGUACCUUGGCUGGACUGCUCCAGGGAAGCCUUGACCCCCACUUGUAAAGUCUGCUGUCGUUCCCGUGAGGGCGCCGCGCCCUGGGAGCCAGCGGAGCUCUGUGACGGUCACUUUCUGUGGCAGCUCUAAGUUGUUGCCUCUCUUGCUGCCACACCCACCCAGCUGUUGGCUCCCCUCAUUGCAGGAUGAUUGCUGUCUCGUUUUCGACAAUUUAUAAUCAAUGUGCUCUGCAGUCUGGUCUCAUCCUAUUUGGGCCACUUUGCAGAAGUCAUUUCGAGGCCAGUCUUUGAGUCUCUUCUGAUGCCAGGGGAGCCCUUUUAGCUGUCUUUUCUCCCUGAUCCUCUCUGGUAAACUUCCAGCUGGCCUGUGGUUUAACCUGUUGCUCUCAUGAAGCUGCCAGCUUCCUCUUAGUUGCUUACCUCCAAAACCUUCAUAGUUUUCAAGAGCAUCCUUAGGCUUGAAUUCCCCACAUUCUUUUUAAAGUAACGUCAGUUCUUGUUGAUACGUCUCUAAGUCUCUUUUAAUUUAUAUGUCUCCAUUCCCAUCCUCUUUUAUUAUGAUUAUCUGUUGAAGAACCUGGUCGGUUGUCCUGUGGAGUCUCUCUCUGCAUUGUCUGCUAACAUGUCCUUUGCUCAUCCGGUAAAUCCCACCUGACCCGGAGUCAUGAGCAGAUUCAGAUCCUGUUGGUUCGGUUGGUUUGGACCAGACUCUUGCUAGCAGGAGGCACAGAGUGUCCGACUUGUCUGCUGUGUGGUGAUGUCAGUAGCCACUGAUGACCACCUAGGGCCACUAAUUCACUAGAGGUUACAAGUAGUGAUGUUUUAAUUCUGUAAGUCCUUUUUUUUUUUUUCCACUAAUUAGCCAAAAUAAUUCAGUAAAGAGAAUCUUCCCCCAUCUACUUUUUGGUUACCCAGCAUUACCAUUUAUAUAAGAGAGAGGAGGUCACUGAUGGCUUAUUCUUCCCAAUUAAUUCCCAGUUUCAAAUCAGUGAAUUAGUUCACUAUGAGUUCACUAGCGUGCUUCAACUAUGACCAAUUAGUUUUUAUUUUUAUUUUUGGGACAUUUUGAACUCAUGGAUUUAAGCUUGUUUCAAUUCACUAUAGAUACUAUUUAAUAUUAUCUAAUAUUCCAUUUGUCCCAUCUUUGGGAACUGGGAACAUCUUCAGAUGACCUCCUGAGUCCUUCUGACCUUACAGUCCCAGAGGCCUUAGUAUCUCUGAGGGCUCUGUUGCUGUCUAGUCCGAGCAGGUGUCCCAGCCGCUUGUGCACAAGCCCUUCCCUGGACCUGAAAUCAGCUGCUUCUCCAAGAUGCCCUGGUUCCUUUCAGUGGAAAGGGGUCUUUGAGGACCACCGUCUCACAACUAGCAGUGCUCAUGCAUACUGGCUUACUCAUUUCUGUACAAAGUGAGGAAAUCUUUUUAAAAUAAAAUUGAUCUUGAGUUCAUAUUGAUAACUUGCCCUUCACUUCACUGCUGUAAAAUUACCUCCUGAGAUCUUUCACCUGUGCUGUCUUCCUCCCGAGCUUAGAAUCCCGGUUGUCAGUACCCUCGGAUCUGACGGAGUAUCGUGUGAGGCCCUCAGUGGUCUCAGCACAAGACCAGCACCAUCGCUAAUAUCAGAGCAAAAGCAAUUUAAGGUGGGGUUUUUGUUUUGGGUUUUGUUUUGUUUCAGAUCAAAGCACCUAAUGUAAGAAAAUUCUAGAAGGAAACAAAUAAUAAUGUUGGGUGGAAAUGUUCUUCUGAGUGAACCCGGAAGCCAUCAGUGAAUGGUUGGUCAAGAAAAGGUUAAUACAUCUCAUCAAAUUAAAAAGAAAAAUUGUAUACAACCAGAAAUUGCCACAAUCAAAGUAAAAGCUUUAUAAACUCACACUAGAGUGUCUAAGAGACUUGCACCGGCACUGCCUGUCCCGGGUAGACUCUCCUGGUGACCCCCCAGCCCCCAAGACCUGCAUUGUAGCUUCUGAGGUCUGUGGGCCAGAUGCUCUCUUUACAGAUGACAAAAUUCUGAGUUUCUUAUCCAAAGCCUCCCACUGGAUGGUGGCACAGCAGGAGCCUGAGCCCAGUGUCCUGACGUCACACCCGUUCUCCUGGCAGGAAUUCGGAGGCUGGCCAGCCACUGCUGGCCUUGGACUUGUUGGUAGGCGGUGUCUCGCUUGUCAGAGUUGGUUAUGGAACUUGGCCCGGCUGGACCCAGCCUUGUUCUGCUCUCCCCAGUAGAGGCACCUGCUGCUGCUCAGGAUGCGUGGAGAAGUCUGCAUCAGCUUCCCUGUGGGGCUGCGUGGACUGCUCUGACUGCAGCGGAGCAGGGCCGCCAGAGAUCCACCCUCACCCUCGUUCAGCAGGGUGACCGUUGACCUCACCAAAGUGAACAUCCCUCGGCAUCCACCCCACACUGUGAAACGCGUGGUGUUGAGUUUCCUGCGUUAGUGCCUCUCCCGCGUAUUGUGUGCUGCUUUUUAGGGAGGCACCAGGCUCCGCAAAAAAUGAUUCAGUGUUUUUACUGACGUGAAAAACAACGAUGUGGUUUCCGUCUGAAUCUACACAGGACGGUUUGAAGAGAUGGGUGACGUCAGACGUCCAAAGUAUAUUCAACAGACUGAUCUGGCUGCAACACUAUCAAUAGGGCUUGGUCUGCCGAUUCCAAAGAGCAGCGUCGGCAAUCUUAUAUUCCCAGUUAUAGAAGGAAAGCCAAUGAGGGAACAACUGAGAUUUUUACAUUUAAAUACAGUACAGCUUAGCAAGUUGUUGCAGGAGAAUGUUCCAUCAUAUAAAAAAGAGCCUGGGUUUGAGCAGUUUAAAGUGUCCGAAAGGUUGCACGGGAACUGGGUCAGACUGUACUUGGAGGAGAAUAGCUCAGAAGUCCUUUCCAACCUGGGAAGCAAGGUUCGCAGGCAGUACUUGGACGCGCUGAGGGCCCUGAGCCUGUCCCUGAGCAGACGAGCAGCCCAGUAUGACGUCUACUCCAUGGCGGUGGGGACCGUCCUGGUCCUGGAGGUCCUCGCGCUGCUUCUGCUCAGCGGCCCCCGGGCACUGAGCGGCAAGGCCGAGCUGGACGUCCCUCUGCCGUCGCCCGCCUUCUCUCUGCUCUGUUACCUGCUGCCCCUGGGCCUCGUAGCGCUCCACGUCACCGUGUGCACCUCCGCAGGCAGAACGUGCUACCUGUGCAGCCUCCCGUGGCUGACGGCAGGCGGAGUGAUGGUGCUGAUUUCCACACUGCUCUGCGCAGUCCUGUCUGCUCUCACCGGGAUGUUUGCCGGCAGAAAGCGUCUGAGUAAGAAUCCACCUCAGUGCAACUCAAGGUGGUCGGAGUUAGAUCUUCUCAUCUUGCUGGGGACCGUGGGCCACACGUUGAGUCUGGGCGCAAGCAGCUUCAUCGAAGAGGAGCCCCAGACGUGGUACUUCCUCGUCAACACGCUGUGUCUAGCUCUGUGCCACGAAAUCUACAGAAACUGCUUUCUGGGAGACGACUGUGCGCCUCAGAGUUGCCCGCACGCGGGAGAGGACUUUGACGGGGUCGCAGCGGCCCCACAGGGCAAGAGCCCUGGCCCUGACGUGUGGGAGCUCGACAGAGCGUCCAGGCACCCCUCUCCCCUGGGAGCGCUCAGAGGCCCUGAAAGGUGGAUGAUGCUGGCGAGCCCGUGGCUGAUUCUGACCUGCUGCCGGCUGCUUCGGUCACUGAACCAGACGGGUGUGCAGUGGGCCCACCGGCCUGACCUGGGGCACUGGCUCACCAGCUCUGAUCAUAAGGCUGAACUGUCUGUUCUGGCCGCAGUUUCCCUCAUCAUGAUUUUUGUGUUGGUUCAGAAGAGGUGCUCCCUGGCAUCAAAAGUGGCCAUGGCGUUUGGCCUGCUGGGCGUCUAUUGCUACAGGGUGGCCAUUGGAAAUCUGCUGUUCCCAUGGCAGCAAAACAACAAAGACAUUUCAAAGGGCAUCACCGAAGCUCGUUUUGUUUAUGUCUUUGUCCUUGGCAUUCUGUUCACGGGCACCAAAGGCUUGCUUAAAUCUCAGAUCACUGCUGAUGACUUCACAGUCAAGACCGUGGGCCUCUGGGAAAUAUACAGCGGGUUAGUUCUGCUGGCGGCGCUGCUCCUCAGACCUCACAAUCUUCCCGUCUUAGCCCUGAGCCUCGUCGUCCAGACCAUCAUGACUCAGUUCGUCUGGCGGCCCCUGAGGCACGACGCAGCUGAGGUCACCGUGAUGCAUUACUGGUUCGGUCAAGCGUUCUUCUAUUUUCAGGGAAACUCCAACAACAUCGCCACCGUGGACAUCUCAGCAGGCUUCGUGGGCCUGGACGCCUAUGUGGAGAUCCCAGCCAUGCUCCUGACGACGUUUGCGACAUACACGGGGCCUGUGCUGUGGGCCAGCCACCUGGUAAACUUCCUGACCUCAGAAGCCAGCAGCGGUUCGGCGCUGAGUCAUGCCUGCUUCUGCUACGCACUGAUUUGUUCUAUUCCGGUUUCUGCAUAUAUCAUUUUUGUGACAUCCCUGCGUUAUCAUUUAUUUAUAUGGAGUGUGUUUUCUCCAAAACUUCUCUAUGAGGGAAUGCAUCUACUCAUCACAGCUGCUGUCUGUGUAUUCUUCACAGCCAUGGACCAAACCAACACAAAGUCUUAGACUAAGUUAUUAAAAAGAAUAUAUUUUUUAAACUUUACUGUUUACUUCAUGGAUUUGUAUAAUGAAAGAAAUCUGUUUAAAUGCAAGAUCAUUCUUAAAAAAACAAGGUGUGAAUUCUAUAAUGUUGAUAAUAGUUUCCAUUUCUUUGACUACCGUACUUGAAUUUAGGUUAAAUAGUAAGUGGUUUAAAAAGGUCAUUUUGAAAUACUUAGUUUGGAUACGAAUUGUAUUCCCCUGUUGACAAUCACUCCAGAAACUUCUGAACUUUUAAUUUCCUCUGGAUAAGUUACCCAAAUAUAUCUGUUUACACUGAAGAAUAAAAAGUUUCCAGGUUUGUCACAGUGCACGGGAGCCUCGGAGGGCCUGGGGGCUCUGUGGGACAGGGCUCAUCUGCUGCCGGGGUCCCCUCGCAGAGCUCAGGAACUACCGGGGUCCCCAGCUGCUUGGGUUUAUGUGGGCUACGUCUGUCAGCAUUUAUGGCAUUUAAAAUUAAAACUAAGGCAUUCAAAAAUAUGUAUUCAUUUGAAAAUAAGGUUAUAAACCCAUUGUGUGUUAAUAUAACAUUUUAAAGAAAAAUAUUUUUUCCAAAACAAAAAUAUUGAGCGAGGAGAGUGGCAUUGCUUUACAUUUUUGUAAAUCUAAUGUCUGACUUAAUUGAAGGUGGUUGCAUUCUGCAUCUGUCUGUUGUGGUGUGUGUGUGUGGUUGCAGCAGUCGCACAGAUAUGUCAUUGGAGAAGGGAAGAGUACUUUAAUAUCCUUUUCUGAUCAUCAUGGAUGUUCUUUCUUGAUACUGCACUAAAAUUGGACCUGUGGUAGUUUCUUAAAGGUUAGUUGGAGAAAGAAGAGAUGAGCGUGUGUAAAACAGGUGAAGACCUACUCAGGUCUCACCUGAGUGAACAGACUGGCACCCAUGUCCGCUGCCAGGUUUGACAAGGACUGUGGCCAUGUUAGGUACUGUUGUUGGGGAAAGCUGGGUGAAUUGUACGUGGGCCUCUCAGUAAUAUUUUUAUAACUUGUGAGAUUCAAACUUUUCAAAAUAAAAGUUAUUUUAAAAAAGAA